CUGCGGUGCUCGUGGGGAGAGCAGUUUCUCGUCUCUCUCCCACAGCUCGCCUUGGAUUACUUCCUGCCACGCAUUGAAAUCAGAUCGUUACGACGUGAAUUGCAACUCAGUAGAAAAAUCAAUAAAAUAAAUAAAAAAUGAUGUAAGGCAAGAACUUUCAGUCUGUUAUAAACUUUAACUAAAAAGAUAUUUAGUGAAUAGAAAGUCAUACUGGAUUUAGUGCAAAGAAAAUAAUAUACAAGUUGACAUAACUUAACCGAUAGUUGAUUAUACCUUUGAUCAGGAUCCUCAUCACUUGUUACUCCAGAAGAAACUCCGGCCGGCGCUGUUGCCUGGAUCCUAAGCACUUGUUACUCCAGAAGAAACUCCGGCCGGCGCUGUUGCCUGGAUCCUAAGCACUUGUUACUCCAGAAGAAACUCCGGCCGGCGCUGUGGCCUGGAUCCGCAGCACUUGUUACUCCAGAAGAAACUCCGGCCGGCGCUGUGGUCUGGAUCCGCAGCACUUGUUACUCCAGAAGAAACUCCGGCCGGCGCUGUUGCCUGGAUCCUAAGCACUUGUUACUCCAGAAGAAACUCCGGCCGGCGCUGUGGCCUGGAUCCGCAGCACUUGUUACUCCAGAAGAAACUCCGGCCGGCGUUCUUCAAUCCAAGGGAAAUAAGACGUUAAUGAUUGUCUGGGAGGUUUCAAAGAGCUCCUCACAUAAUGUGUGGAUACAACAAAUGACCAAUAGAAAACGUGACCAAUAAAUUACUGAGUGAAGCCUUUCUCGAUGUCUUCGUCUGAGUUAUGUAAUAAUGUAAGCGGAAAAACUCAAAUUACAGCAAGUAUGUUAUACACCGAGAGCUGUACAACUAGUAUAGUAUACAAUGAAAAUGUAUUUUAUUCCUUAUGUCAUCGAAUGGCUGGAAGUAUAAAGGCGUCAGGCAGCCCUAAUAACCCUCAUGCUGAGGGCAGGCUUUAAAGGUAACAUAAUUUACAAAACGAAAACCUAGUUAGACAUGAUGACUCUGAGAUAACUAUUUACUGACACAACACCUAGGAAGAAAAAGUAAAAACUGAAAAAUCCUGAUCCGAGUACACAUUCCAGAGUGUUGUGGCUUGUGUCUCUGAGAGUAUAUUUUUUGAGUGAGGCGGCUUGCGACUUUGAGCCGUUUGAAUUUAGCUUCACUAUAUCUUGAAAUGUUUGUUUUCACAAAGAGUAAGUGAUUCUGAACUGAAAUGCAACUCAGACUGUUAUUCCUAAUGAACCAUGAAUUCUGAACAUAUAAAUGAAUAACUGAGACUUCGUAAAACUGUUCGCUACUGUGUAUAAGAUGGUUUGAAUGUACAUUGUUCGUAAUGAAACGCAUCUAUUAAGAAAAUGAACUGACGGUUUUAAGCAAAAAAAAAAAAACAAAAAAAAGGAAAAAGAAAACCCUUGUCCUUGUAGUUUUCCGUAUGUUAGUGUGGCUGACAUCCGUAAUGUUACUCUGUGCUAGACAACACAUCAGACUGGCUGUGCAGACACGAAUCGUUCUCUUUGACAAGUGUUUGUUUUGUAAAUACCUCAGAGCAAAGUGUGGGAAUAACUUUAUGAAGCAUAACUGUUUCAAAUGAGUUUUGAAAAACAAAAACCUGAAUGAGUUGCCAUCAGUGAAACUCAUAAAAAUUUUAUUGCAUGUCUUGUCCAAAUAAUUUCUGAUAAAUGUGCGAGAUUUUGUUUUCUUAUGCUUCUUAAAUUUUGUGCGAGGAAUCUCGCAGCUAAGUGAGGCAUGUAGAGGCUUAGUAAUAUAUACAUAUAUACAUGAGGAAAACCUUUCUCGUUAAAUUCAUUUUGAACAUUUGUCUGAUGGAAAAAUAACGUUUACUUCGGUCUUCAUUUAAAUAAUUAUCAAAUGGCCUGCAAUAAUAGUUCCUUUUGGUUUAUGGUGAAAAGUCUUAAGAGUUGUAUGACAUCGACAAAUAAUAAUAAUAAUAAUAAUUAUAAUAACAAUCAUGAUCAGUGAUAAAGACAGUCAUGGAUAAGCUCAUUCCUUUGCUUGGACAAAGCAGUAAGGUGCCGCAGUGUUCAGACACAAACAAUAAUAACAAGACGUGUAUUGAGCGAAGGAUACCGUUGAGAACAGUGGAGUACAGUUUGCGUCCUCGAUCUGUCGUCAGGAGAUUGCAAUUAGACAGAAAUCGAGAAGGUCUGCAACAAAAGAACUCAAAAUCUUCAAAAUCGAGGCCUCCGCCGUUGUCAAAGUACCGCAGAAAGACUGCCAACGCCCGCGAGCGGCAUCGCAUGAAGGAGAUUAAUGACGCCUUUGAGUCUCUUCGACGUAUUUUGCCAGACAUUUGUAGCCGCGAAGCGGCAGCAGCCAUGACCAAGAUUACGACACUGAGGCUCGCUGUCAGCUACAUCAGAGCCUUGUCACGCAUCCUGCAGGACGGACACCCGGGGGACAUCACCUUCUUCGAAGAGCUGCACUUUGAUGUUGCCUUGGAAAGUUCUGAACUCAGGCCAACUCCAAAUCAAUCCAAACUUCAGAGGCCAGAGAUGUUUCACAGUACCUCGCCUCUCCCUACUUCGAUCUUCUCACCUAUCAGCUGUUCUCUGAGCACAGACAGCGAUCUGAGUGAGCUUCUCUCCGACGAUUCCUGCUGUGUCUUCGAGGACAACCUCGACGCCUUCGACGACAUUCCGGCACUGCCUGAGGCUGACCCCUUCGCUCUAAUGCUGCCACCUGAAGGGGAGGCGUUGCUGCUGGGAUCCUAGGAGAAGUGCAACAUAAAUCAUAUGGUAGUGAGAUGCCUUCAACACACGCACC